UUCCCAGAUGUUCUUCUUCCCCUCAGUCACUAAAACUUUGAGAUUUCUCAUUUACACCACUAAACCCACCACACCUAUAAAUUUUUUUGCUUCAUCAUGUUUUGUGUUUUUGAUUUUGGGUCACCGCUUAUGAUGACAAGGCUUGGGAUUAAACAAAAUCCUUGGCUCUCUGAAGCCUCUUCUUUGAUUCCCGUAACCAGAAUUGUUGGGAUUCUUAUAAAAGGAUGAUACUCCUCUAUCUUUGGGAGAUUAUACUCGUCUAUCUUUUUCUCUCUCCGCCCCCAUUUCACUCCCACUUAAUUCUGUUAAUUCCACUCACCAUCCUCUGAAAAUCAUCUCCCUUCUCUAAUGGAGAUCAAAAUGCUUACUGAUUGCAAACAACCACUCCUUCAACUUCAACCAAGACAACUACCUAAAAUUUUAAUCUCUUCAACAACAUUCAAACCUUCUCUUUCUAGAACAUACAGACCUAUUUCUUUGAGAUGUGAGAGUCAAAUUUUGAAACCAUUGACUAGUGUCUUGAGCAAGCAAGGGGAAAUCUUCAGCUCAACCAGUACUAUCUGGAGCAACCAAAUGGAAUUCUUCAAAGCAGCCAGCACUGUUAUUGGAGUGUUUGGACCGGUUUUUUCUGUUGUAUCAGCUCUGUACUCUCUUGCUGUUGUGUAUAAAGGAGGUGAUCUUAUUGAGUUGCCAAUCAAUGGUGUGGUCACUAUCGGUUAUGUUCAUAGCAUUGGGGUCUUUAAUACAAAUGUUCAGUUGCAGUCUGGUGGAGGAUGGUACAAGAUUAAGCAUUUCAAUGGGGACAUUAAAACAGUUUGUAAUCUUACUCGAGUGGAUGGUGCUCUGAAGUUUUAUCGGAUUUAUGUUGAUUUUGAAAUUGACAAGAAUUCACCGUUAAAGGAGAUCAAACAAAAGAUUAAGGAUAUAAUCAGCAAGGAGGAGUAUGUACAAGACCUAUCAGUAUCAUUACUUACUGAGAAGAAGAUUGGUGUCUCUUGCUAUAUACCGUUAUCGAAGCUCAAAACUCCUCGUUUUGAGAGCUAUCUUGAAAUUCGGGACGACAUAAUUUCAGCAGUUGGAGGAUCUUUCCGUUCCAGCAGCCCCCCAUCUGAAUUCUUCAAAUUUUUGAAAAUUUCUUAGUGAAUGUGAUGUGCUGCAAUGCCAUCUCUGUAAAAUUGCAAAUAGUUGUGGAUAUAAACUCUCUUCGGAUUUGUAAUAAUAAUAAAUAUUAUGUUCUUUUGAUUGCUA